AUGUCGGGAGGUAGGCUGAAAUUCUCGCCUCCACCCUUGAUCGGGCCACAAUAUAGCAACAAUGUAUUGACUGUCGUCCUAGAACCCCCCCGGAUUGUCCCUUUAACCUGUCAUGGCCACUCGAGGCCCAUCACUCAUUUGAGCUUCUCGUCGAUCGUGGAUGACGACCAAUAUUAUCUCAUCUCCGCCUGCAAAGACAACAAUCCGAUGCUAAGAGAUGGCAUGACCGGAGACUGGAUAGGAACUUUCAUCGGACACAAGGGCGCCGUAUGGUCAUCGAGACUGUCUUCCGAUGCCAAAAUUGCCGCCACUGGCUCCGCCGAUUUCACAGCGAGAAUCUGGGAUCCACGGACUGGAGAAUGCUUGCACAUCCUCACUCACAACCACAUCGUUCGCGCUGUUUCCUUUCCGAUUCAGGAAAACCCCCUGUGUGUAGCCACCGGCGGACAGGACAAGAAGCUCAAGAUAUUCGAUCUCAGUCGCGGUGGCAGUGCGGCUUCUCCCGAACAAGCAAAUGGCACAUCUCCCAUCACUCCCACCACCACGUCGGAAGGGCACGAAAUCGGAGCGGGAGAACAUGGCGGAAGUAUCAAGUCCAUUGUAUGGAACGUCGAUUACAAUAUUUUGACCACGGCCAGCGACGACAAGACCAUUCGGUGGUGGGAUUUGCGGACCCAACACGCCAUUGCCAGCGUCAAGACCGACCGAGACAUCACGUCGUGCGAGCUCUCGACUAAUAGAGCUGAGGACAGUGAUCCGGGAAUCCUCAGUGUGGCUGCUGGACAUUCCUGUUUCUUUUUCGAUGCAGGGAGACCGGGAGAAGUGAUCAAGCAGGUCAAUUUUGACCAUGACGUCGCCAGUGUGGCCAUCAACCCCAGCAGUGGACGUUUCGUGACGGGCGGGGGGGUUGACACAUGGGUUCGAGUGUGGGAUUUUGCUCACGAAAAGGAACUCGAGGUUCUCAAAGGUCAUCAUGGCCCCAUUUGGUCCAUCGCAUUUUCCCCGGACGGCAAAAUCUAUGCCACCGGGAGUGAAGAUGGAACCAUCAAGUUAUGGAAAUCUUGCAAGGAGCCCUAUGGCCUCUGGCGCUGA